CCUUUCUUUGACGCAGCAUCUGUGCUGAAGGAGAGAGGAGGAGGAGGAGGAGGUUGAGCUGUUCACUGUGGGCGUCGUAUGUAACGAACUUUAUUUCACAGUCGAGUAAUUGAUAUAUAAAGAGUAAAGAAACAUGGCUCAAGCAUUAAAAGAAAGAUUUGACAAGUUCUUGCACGAGAAAAACGUCAUGACGGACGCACUGGCGAAGAUCGAGGCCCGGACCGGAGUGAACCGAUCUUACAUCGCCCUCGCUGUCAUUGGGGUUAUUUCUGUUUACCUUGUCAUCGGUUAUGGCGCUUCUCUGCUCUGUAAUCUCAUCGGAUUUGUCUAUCCUGCCUAUAUAUCAAUCAAAGCCAUUGAAAGCACCGACAAAGACGAUGACACAAAAUGGCUCACCUACUGGGUCGUGUAUGGUGUAUUUAGCGUGGCCGAGUUCUUUGCUGACAUCUUCCUGUCCUGGUUUCCUUUCUAUUACAUGGGAAAAUGUGCUUUCCUAGUGUGGUGCAUGGCUCCAACUCCCUCUAACGGCUCCAUACAGAUCUACACGCGCAUCAUUCGACCUUUCUUCCUAAAGAACGAGGCCAGGAUCGACACUGUGGUGAAGGACAUCAAGGACAAAGCAUCCGAGGCUGCAGAUAAAUUUAAAGAUGAGGCCAAGAAAGCAACUGCUAACCUCAUCUUUGAGGAGAAAAAGAGCUCCUAAGCAGCUGUAGGGGAGACACCAUGCCCAUAUGCACUAUUGGUACACAUCCCCAAAGAUGAUGACAGGCCUGAAUAAACGUUGCCUUUAUUUUUUUGUGUGCGUCUUUGUAAACAACUGGAAUACUCGUACUGGUUUUGCUCACUUGUUCUCUCUGUACGAAUAGCGGUGCCUGCAAGAGAGUUCAGUUUAAAUGUUUCACGUAAUACUGAAUGCCAAUGAUGCUUGGCUGUUGUGCUUCUGUCCCAGUAAAUGAAAAUCUUAUCUCAA